AUGAGGUAUAAAUUUGCCGCCAGAGAUGACUCUUGUCCUAGCUUUCCUCUUCAAUUUCCUCACGAUGGAUACGUUGCUCCUCACCAGCUCUGGAAUAACAGUAACACGACUAUGACAUUCGACAACCAUCCAUCUCAAUAUCCUGCUAACUAUCCCCAACACCAGCCGCUACAAGGGCAAUAUUCCCCGAACUACCAACACCGCCCGGUCUCUCAACAAUCGUACUCGCAAGAACGGCGAGGCUCCGCGUCACUCGCCGUCGUUGGAAACUUCACACCCGGCAUGCAGCACCAGCUUUCCUCAAACCCUCUGCCCACACCUCAGUCCAUUCUCGAUGGAACAUUCGAGGCUGCUGUCGCGUACGCCGAUACCAACCGAGACGUCGUCACCUACGUUCCCCGUCGCCCAGAAUACUCUGGAGAGCCAUCUCUCCCGAGUAUCAUCUUCAGCGUCCAUGGCCGGCCAGGGCCAUUCAUAGGAGAUAUUAUUGACGGCAAGGUCGUGCUGGACGGCGCCUACGAUUUGGUGUUCAGGGACAAGCUAUGGAAGCAGACCAGCUUGACCGUCGAUUGGCCUGGUGUCACGUCAAGUUCAGGGUAUAUUCCUUGCUUCCGCGACAACCGCGAUCUUACACGCACCGAGGUUGCGAAAAUCGUAGCUGAAAACGUCAAGGCUAUCGUCUCUACUGGGCUCAGCGGCAAGCCUCUGAAAUGGGGCCCGCAAGUGAUCGAUGCAUACUCGAAGCGAUGGAACCUGAGGAAGAUCGAUUAUCGCGAUGUCCGCCUCAUCGCGAUUAAUUACUAUCGGAAGACGUGGAUUCCUGUCCUCGCAGUUAACGCAUGA